AUGGAUCAAUCAGGGCUGAGGAUCAUCUUCUACCUCUACCCAUGUCUCGUCAUUCUCACCUUACUCGGGGCACAGGCUUUUGAGUACUACCGCGAUCGUCGAGGCGCGUCGCGUCACACGGUGCCGAGCAGCGAGCAGAAGGAGCAUGCGCGGGUCAUCAAGCGCAAGUUCACGAGACCCAUAUGGCUACUGCAACUCGGCCUCUCCCUCUUGCUCCUCGCCAGCAUCGUGGUCGCCGUCCGCCAAGCGGUGGUUGACCUGUCUGAAAAUGGUGGCAAGAUUGAAUUUCCCUUCAGCGCCUAUAUUGCGUCUCAUGUUGCUGUGCUGCUGUAUUUCCUGGCUGGGCUGCUGCCAGACCCAGAAGGCCCAUGGACACCGGGCUCGGCGCAUUGCUGGGCAUGGCUGAUAGCGACGCUGGUGGAGGCGACCACUCUCGGCAUCUUCGCUUCUGUGCCAGAAUACCUGCGCGUGCCCAGCAGCUUCAUCCACGCCAUCGAUACUCUGGGGUCGUGCAGGGUCGUCGCCCUGCUCUUGAUGGCUGCCACCUUGAUCAUCCGGGACUACAAGCUGCGACCUGCCGAGCCACCAUCGGUUCCGGAGGAGCGACAGUCGCUGUUGGAGAAUGGACAUGCCUCUGCCGAGUCGUACGGCAGCGUUCCGACAAAGCCUCCCAGCGCGACCAAGAGGACGCAAGUGUCUGGCACAGGCUGGCUGGACUACUUUGCUGGCUUCCGAGUCCUCUUCCCCUACCUUUGGCCUAAAGACUCGCCACUGUACCAGGCUAUUGUGCUGGUCUGCCUCAUUCUCAUGGUGUUGCAGCGCGCAGUCAACAUGCUGGCUCCGCUGCAGCUAGGUGUCCUCGUCGACUCCUUGGGUGAAGGCCGCAUCCCGUACAAGAACAUCAUCCUCUACGUCGCCUACCGCGCCUUGCAGGGCAACCAAGGCCUCAUCGGUGCCGCCAGAGGUGUGUUGUGGGUCCCUGUCUCGCAGUCUCUCUUUCGCCGUUUGUCGUCGGCGGCAUUCGAACACGUCCUACGGCUGUCCCUCGAAUUCCACCUCAACAAGAAGACUGGCGAGGUGACGAGCGCUCUCAGCCGCGGCGCAUCCAUCAACAACUUCCUGGAGAGCUUCUGCUUCCAGGUGUUCCCCAUGGUCGUUGACAUUUUCGUCGCGGGUGUGCUCUUCUUUGUCAAGUACGAUGCCUUUUACACCAUCAUUGUCUUCUUCAUCAUGUGGUCCUAUGUCUUCCUCACCAUCUACGUGGCCAAGUACCGUGGCCGACAGAGGCGAGACAUGACGACAAAGAGCCGCGAGAUGGAGGCCGUCAGGACGGAUGCAAUCCUCGCCUACGAAACUGUGCAGCACAAUUGUGCCGUCGAACGGGAAACGAUGAGGUUCACCGAUCACGUUCGUCUACUGCAGAAGGCCGAGCAGCUCGUCGUGUGGUCGUUGAACGGUUUGAAUCUGACGCAAAGUUCCAUCUUCACCCUGGGCACUGCCCUUCUGGUGGCCGUGUCCGCAUACAAGAUCUCCAUCGGGCAGCAGACUGUCGGUGGGUUUGUCAGUCUGAUCAAUUACUUUGUGCAAUUGCAAGGUCCUCUCAACUUCUUCGGCACCUACUUCAACAUGCUACAGACCAAUCUGAUUGAGGCUGAGAGAUUGCUUGAGCUGUUCAACGAGACGCCUGACGUCGCCGAGAAGGAGGACGCUGUGGCACUUUCAUCUCCUCGAGGCGAAGUCGCUUUCCACGACGUGACCUUUUCCUACCAGGCCAAGAAGGAUGAGAACGUGCUCAAGGGCAUCAGCUUCACCGUAGCGCCGGGGACAAAGACGGCCAUUGUCGGAGAGUCGGGCAGCGGAAAAUCGACAUGCCUGAGGUUGCUGUUCCGGUUCUACGAUGUAGCUGGCGGCGGCAUCACCAUUGACGGUCACGAUCUCCGAGACCUGAAGCUUGACAGCGUUCGUCGGAACAUUGGCGUUGUGCCUCAGGAUACGGUGCUGUUCAAUGCGUCCAUCAUGUACAACCUGCUGUACGCCAAGCCUGGCGCUACGGUGGAGGACGUACACAAAGCCUGCAAGGCUGCGAAUAUCCACGAUCGUAUCGAGUCCUUCCCUGAGAAGUACGAGACCAAGGUUGGCGAGCGUGGCCUCAAACUAUCCGGCGGCGAACGACAACGUAUUGCCAUCGCACGUGCCAUCCUAAAGGACUCGCCAAUCCUGCUACUGGACGAGGCUACCGCGUCACUUGAUUCUCACACGGAGAGGCAGAUUCAAGAUGCCCUUGAGCGCGUGACGGCGGGACGAACUACAAUCACCAUUGCCCAUCGACUGUCGACCAUCACCACGUCUGACCAGAUUGUGGUCCUCCACCAGGGCGACGUUGUGGAGCGCGGCACGCACGACGAACUGCUGGCGCUGCAAGGGCGAUAUUACGCCAUGUGGGAGAAGCAAACGACGACCGAGAAGAAGGAAAAGGAAAAGGAAAAGGAAAAGGAAAAGGAAAAGCAGAAUGCCGACGGGAAUGGUGCUACGCAAUAG